AUGGUGUGGACCGGCCGACCUUCCGAGUCAACGGCAGCUCCGCCAUUUGUCAACGCCGCGUCCGUUCUCGCGGUGCCGAAAGCGCCCAGAUAUAACGAGAACUGGAUCGCGUGCCCUUUCAUCGACAACACUGGUGAUGAUCCGCUGGAGCUGAGGUGCACAGUGACGUACGAUCGGAGCCUCGUGAUGGAAAGCGACGCUAUCGUAUUCCUUGCCGACAGCGUGAACAUGCACGAUCUUCCCGGUCAGCGUGCCGUUCCCCAGUUGUGGGUGUUGUGGGCGCGCCAGGCUCCGGCGCUUGACAUCCGUGGUGCGGUUCAGUUCAACCUCUUUGGAGCGUGGAAAUCACGCUCGAGUAUUCCUGAUGAGCUGCUCCCACUUUUCAACUGGACUAUGGGCAGUCGAGAAGGCGCCCAUGUCAAUAGUACGAACAAGUAUUUUCGUCCUAACCGGACUCCAACAGUGAAGAAAGGGUGGUCCUUUGAAAUCCGUUGGCCCACUGUUGCUUCCAGGAGGCCGUUGCCCCCUGAAAGACUCAAUCGUAGUGAGAGGUCGGCUAUGCUUUUAAAGAGGAGAGCGGACGCUGCCUGGAUUGCUGCCGACUGCGAACAGCGCAAGUUCGAGGAAGAAGCGCGGGCUUUGCGCGCAUCCGAAGACCAGGCCAACGACAGUGUCGUGAAAAGCUUCAAAAUGCACGUCGUGCCGGACUGCGGCCUCGGCUGUUGCGAGUCUAUGGCGGACUGCGUCGCGUACGUGGCCAGGCACUUCAACUUCAUUGUGGUCACGCAGACGCCGGCCUGCUUCCCCAGUGUCUACGAACUCAUUUAUGAAGCGUUCAAGCACGACUUGGUUCCGGUCGUGCUGAUGUCGUCGCGGUAUGACCAACUCCAUUUGCCUCCCAAAUCCACGGUGAGCGUUGCGGAAAUGCAAAAUACCAUGUACCUAGAAGAGUAUGUUCGUUACCUGCUAGACCAUCCCGCUGCUUACGAGGCAUACUUCGCCUGGAAACGUAACUUUACCGUGGCCACACUUGAGCACGACCUGUGCCCGUUGUGCGCGGCCAUGCACGGCCUCUCCAAGCGGAAGUAUCCGGCAGGCCGGGACGUCCCCUUCGAUGACCAGCGAUACCCGAUCGGCCGGGCCAGCCAGACAGCAGCAGUAAAUGGGGCCCUGGACUGA